ACGCAUGUGCUGCCUGAAUUUAGACAUAACACUUUCAUCGCAACACUCUGCAAUAAAAAAAAAAAUCAUUUCGUGAAUGCUCGUACUGAAGUUUGAACUCAUUUUUGGCUUUCUAGAGUAGAUCUAGAACUCUUCACAAUCGUGUUUUUUUUUUCUGUGGAUCGUUUGCUUGUAUUCAUGUGUGUGGGCUUGUAGUGAUCAGAAUCAAUGUGAAUGAUGAAUCAUCAGAAUGAUCAGAUCUAAUCUAGACAAUCUAGUAAUCUAGUGACUUAAGUUAUUUUGACCAUCCAGGACAUUUAUUUUUAUCUGUUUCAACCAACGAUAGAUCUAACUCUAGCCACUCUAGGCUCUAUACUAUCUAUCAAGAUCUAGGUAUAGCCUUUAGUUUGAGUUUGAGAUUCAGACAAUUAUUCAAUCACAAUUAUCUGAGAUCAUUAAGUUAAUUGUGGUGAGUCAGAGAAAUCUAUAAACAAGAUGCUUUGUCUAACUUCAUGGCUUAAUAUUGAAAUGACAUAUUAUAAGCAUGUAGGAACUUGAUGAACGUUAUAACUAUAAUGAUAAUACCUUCAUCAUGCACUGCAGUGCCUCAGCAGUAGCCUACUCCAGUCUCAAGGCAUUCCUGUAUACAUGUUGCAUGCUGAGCAUUAUCCAGAUUGAUUGUUUACUGGAAUAGCUAAAAAGCAUCCCCAGCUCCCGUAGCACCAUCAAGAUACCAGCACCAUUCACUUCACCUGCAGAUAUGCCUCUUGAUGACACAGUACAACAGCUGAGAAGGCUAAAAGCCCAGCGAAGUAGGCAAAGAGAGUUGAGAGAUUUUGAGGAGCGGAUGUUACUAGAUGACCUCCAAGAAACUGACCGCAAGCUAAAAGGAUCACCCCGUUCUUUAAAGCAAAGAAAGAAACUUCAGUUGUCCAAAGAUAAGGCAAUAAGAGAUCUUCAAAUUCAGUAUGAAAGAGAAAGAGAAAGAAAUCUCUUUGGUGAACGUAAGCGAGAUUACACAAGACAGCCUGACAUUCCCAGAUAUAACCAUUCAACAGACCCAAAAGCUCAGCAGCUGGCUGAAAGUCAUGGCAGAAACAUGGAACAAUUACAGAAUAGAAACAGAGAUUUGGAAAGGCAAAGAGAAGAAAUCAGGCGAAGACUUGAAGAGCUAGGUCGGCGGCCAAUUAAAGAUGAUGAUACAAUGAAUGCUUUACUGCAAGAGUUGAAAGAUCAGGAAGCUAGAAACCAAAAAAUGCUGGAAGAAUUAAGAAGACUGAUGGCUACACAGUACAAUUAUCCCAUGCCAGUAGAAACCAAGAAACAGCAACAAUACAUGUACCCUAUUUACUAUGGCAACUCUCUGGUGGCAGAAAUUAUAGCUGUACGUCAGACAUAUCUUCAAAAUGGUGGCAAUGAUCCCAGCAUUCUACAACAGUUGGCACAAAUGCAAGCAGAAGCUCAAGCAAUAGAUGACUCUUUAAGAAAUCGCCCCCCUCCUAAACAAAAAGACAAGCAUCCUCCAGAUCACUCACUUCUAACUCUAGAACUUGAGAAUGAACGUCUGCAAAGGCAACUACUUCUUCUGCAAGAACAGAAUCUUCAAGCACGAAACAGACGCAAGGAUGAUAGAGAAGAUGAGCUUGAGCGAGACAUUAGACGUUUACAACAAGAUCAUUUACGUAAGAUGUAUGAACUUCAGCGAGAAAUUGAAAGAUUAAGACAAGAGACUAUAUAUUUAAAAGUCAAUGAAAAGCCACCAAAGAUAAUACUACAUCAACCUCCACCAAUUCAAGUUUCUGCACCUGCUCCACCAGCACCAAUAGUCCAGCCGCAAAUCAUUGAAGUAGAUAGAUUGGCACCCUACGAUUACAGUGCUGGUUUCUGCAUAUUUUAUGACUUUGUCCUGAAUUUGGAUCCUCGAAUAACAGCAGUGAGGUUAAUAGUUGGCCUCCACAAUCUACAAGCAAAGUUAGGUGAACCAUCCAUUUUACCCUUGGUGUACACGGAACCAUCUACUAGACAAGUAGCCUAUAGUCUUGUUAAUGCUGUUAUUGGAGCCAGGCAACCAGUUCCAAGAUGUCCUCCGGAGUCUGACCUUGGUAUUGUUGUUGAACUGCAAGCAGCUGGAUCAGCACCUGGUUCAGAGCAUGACCAGACCAGGCUAAUCACUAGGGCAUGGACCAAGAUUCCUCUGUUUGACUCUCAGGACCGCUUGAUGACAGGACGUCACAGGUUACCACUGAGAGCUGUGCCUUUAAAACCUUACAUACCCAUGCAUGAACUCAACACUAUACCACAGUAUGGAGAGGCAGAGCUAUACUAUCGUAUUGUAAACAUGAGAGAUGCACAGAGUCAAUCAAUGGCUACAAUAGCUGCAACUAACCAAGAUAUGUACCAAGUGGCUCCUGUGGGUGGAGUAGUGCUAACUCAGGUGGCUGUGUCGCCUGUUCCUCCCCCUCCCUCUGUAUCCCCUCCCGGUUCUCCAAUGGAUCGUUUCUCUCCUAGGCUAAGGAAUUCGAAUCGACCCCUGAUCCAGAACUUGAAUACGACUUUGGACCCGAAUAUAGGCUUCCAAGUCGACCGGGUGAAACACGCAGAGCUUGGUGAGGGCAAAGUUCGACUGACAGCAUAUUAUCAAUCAAAUGGAAAGAUCGUUCAAUCAGCAACCAGUCCUGUCAUGUGCACUACAACUGCUGUUCGUUCCAACUUCAAAUAUUUUUAUCAUGUCUUUGGUCAACAAGAAGCCUCCUUCCAGGAUGUAAAAAUGACUGGAGACAUGAUUCUAGUGGCCAGAUUUUAUCUGAAGAAACAAAUAAAAAAUCAGAUUGAUGAAACAGAAGCAGCUAAUACAACAGGACCACAAUAUGGAGAAGAAGCUCUUGUUGCCUGGUCAGCAAUUCCUCUCGUGCUGUCCAUGCAAGGAGAAUUAACUUCUCGAGAAAGAAGGGAAUUUAAUCCAAGUACUAUGAGAAUCAAUGCUGGUACACAUAUACUCAAACUGUAUGAGCCCCCAGUCCCAGAGCCAACAAAUAUGCCCUAUGAUACACUACAGUACUACAAAGAUGCUCGUAGGUAUGGUAAAGCAACAGUCAGGAUUCACAUCUUCCAAGGUCAACCACGGCCAGGAUCAUUGACACCAAGUGAACUCUCUGAUGAAGGAGAUGAUGUUUUACCUGAGUUUGCAUGGCUUCCAUGCGACAGAAGAACUCCACCCAGUGAACCAUUUCAUGUUGGAGAUGGAUUUGACAUUUACAUUGAUGGUUGUCGAUUUCUCCCUGAUUCAGUCACUUAUUCAAGGGUUGCUGCUCGCAUCUUGGAUCGUAAAUAUGAAGUUCAUGGCAAAGAUAUUUCCACCAGUGUUAAGAUUGACAGUGACAUUUUCAACCCAGUUUAUGAACACAGAGCAGAGUUUAGAGAACCUCAAAUACCUCCAUCUGCUACUUUACUUUUCAAGGUUUACACAAUAGAUAAUUUUUACAGACAGUUGACAGUUGUAGGCUAUGCAGCUUUGAAAAUUUUUGUAGAAUCUGGUACAGAGAGACAGCCAGGCAUAGACAGGGCAGGUGUACAGAUAUCCUUAAAUGAAGGUCCUCAUCAACUUCGUUUAUACAGUCAAGGACCUAAUGGAGUUGAUCCAUUCACUGAGAAAUGUAUGGCUGAUGCUAAUGUUCGUCCAGUUCCCUGUGCUAGUCUUCUUGUUAGAAUAGCUAAAGUUCCAAAAGGUCCUAAAGGAAAACCUCUAGUGGCGACUAAAGUUCCACAAGCAGAUUGGGCCAGGCUUGGAUUGUGGUAUCCUCGGCCAAAGUAUUCAGACAGAGUGUAUUUUUCAUCCCAGUGUGUGCCCUCCAGAGGUGAAAGCAAGCUCUUCCAUGCUAUGAUGAAAAGAGUUCCUAUCACUAUCCGUGAUGCUGUCGCUGCUACAACCAAGGCAAAAGAAAGUUUUCUAAGUUCAGACAAGAACAUGGAACAGUACAUCAGGAACCAACUGACCAAGUCUAUGGACACCAAACCUUUAGAUCAAGAUUUGAACUUCAUAUCUCAAUACAGUCCUCUUCAUGGAACCAAGUUAGCAUUAGACAGUGCAGUAAAUUUACCAUGGGCCAAUUUUACAUUGGCUCAUGUUUGUCUUAAUCCUCCUGGAGCUUUUUACAUGGGUGCACCUCACGCUACAUAUGACAAACUGACCUUUAUUGAAUAUCUUGACCCUCGCAGCACUCACACAUCACCAGCAUGGAAAGAUGGCUUUAAGCAUUUCCCAAGAAGAUCCUAUCAUCGAUUUCUGGUGGCUAUCAUUCAUCUUCAAGAAGUGUUUGUUAAUGUUUCCAGAGAUAAUUACAAAUAUGGACUUCUAGAACAGGCUUGGACAGCUGUGCAGAUAUUUAAAGACAAGUACUGCUAUACAGAAACAUUCCAGCUGCCAUUGUUCCAAGGAGCUCCCAACCAGCAGAUGUUGAAACAGCUGGCAAGGGAACCUUGUAAAGAGUGGAUGGAAAGAAAUAUUCGAAAUAGAACUCUGAAGCUAUUGGAUGGCGCUUCUGUAUUCAUAAGAUUGUGUGAUGCUCGCAGAGAUGAUGAACUGCUUUAUGAUGUACCAGCGUCUAAACUUGUCCAUGUGAAUGUUGACUACAUUCCCAGAAACCUUGCAGAGAUUUACUCAAGAGAGAGACCAGGCAGACCUUUAGAGUCAUUAAUUCCUCCUGGCAAGUCAUCAGAACAGUUCAUGGAAGGACUCAAAGUCAAAUUUAAGAGUCUGGUUUACAAGCUUUAUGAAGAAGGCAAUAUGUCCAACAAUUAAUUCAAAUGAAAGGUUACAAGAAAAGUUUUGAAUGAAAAGAACUAAAACAACAUGCUAUGACAGUAAGAUAGAGUUCUAUGGAAACUUUGACCAUUCAAUAGAUAACAAACGUGAAUUUAUUCUCAACUUUGGAGGCUGAUUCAAUUUGUUGAGCUUUAUGGCCAGUUAUUUAUAUUGACAACUCUGUCUCAGAAAAAAAAAACUUCUACAAUAAAUAUUGACUCAAGUGGCUUAAACAACUUACCCACCUCCUACAUAGUGACUUAACCAAACAUAUAUAUAUAUAUAUAUAUAUAUAAAAAACUAUAUUUAUAUAUGGUGUUUUCUUGACUUUUUGUUACUAACAAAUAAACAUCAAACAUGAUGUGUUCUCAACUCUGGAUUUCUAUGUGUUCUAAACCCUGGAUUGGUGUAUUCUAAACCCUGGAUUGGUGUGUUCUAAACCCUAAAUUUGUGCAUUAUUUGGAAAACUCUGCUUGCCAUAAACUAUAUGCUAUUGUUUUUUUUCAAAAACAAUGUGGUGGAUUAAUUAUUUCAAUACUCUGUGGUGCUGUGGUAUAACAUUGGGGAACUUAUUAUUCAUGACAUUAUUGCGGUGAAUAUUUGACUGAAUUCUGUGAAUUUAGCUGCUUCAUAAUGACUUCUGAAAAAAAAAAAAACUUUUAUAUAGAAGCUUAAUGGACUUGUUAUAUUCCACAAUAAUACUGAUAUAAUUAUCAACUUAUUUUGACAAGAAAAAAAAAAAAGAAAGUGUCUUUAACAAAUACAUUUUUGAAAUACUGCCAUUGAUUGGCUUGAUUAAGGUUGGACACAUGACAGUACAAGAGAGCUGACUUUUCACCUGGAUAGAGGAAAUGACUUUUAAAGUGUAUGUAUAUACACUAUCUUUUCUAUUAACAGGGCAAAUAUCAUAUCAUUUAAUGUUAACAGAACAAAAAAAAUUACAAAGAAGAAAAAAAAACUAAGACAUUGUAUUUAAUAUUUCACCCACAUUUGAUCCUGUGAUCUUUCCAAUAUAUGAUUGAUAAUAUGCUGCAUCUAUUUAUUUGUCAUUACAGACAUAAUUUCAUGGGCUCAUCAUGUUGUUUUUAAGUUGUGUAUUACUUUUAAAAUAUAUAUCCAUUCUGUCCACAAUGUAAUAAAGCAAAAUGUUUUGUCUUGUGAUUGUUUUAUAAGAUAUUAAGUGCUGUUUUUUUAUAUUUACUUGUAUUUAGCUAUAAAUCAAUAUUCAUAACUACAUUUAUCUUAUGACACUCUCAAUGCCCAUUGACACUACUUUUUUUUUUCUCCAGUUUGUUUUUAUUAGCUGGAUAGGAAGGCCUCUAAUUUUGGGUCUUUUUUUUUUUCAUCUGGUCUUCACCUUGUUAGCUUUUUAACUAAUUUGUUUAUCAUCUGUUUUAGAACAACACUGAUCUUGCUUGUGACUUUGUAAUGACAAUUUGUUCAGUAUUUACUUUCGCUUUCUAAAGCUUUUAAAAGUCUUAUUUCUAUUGUGUUGAUUAUUUUCUAACAUUAUGAUCCAUACAAAAGAAAUAUGAACAUUGCUUUCAUAAAACCCACAUUGAGCUCUCUCAGCUUUUCUCAGGUUCAAAUGUAGUUAAAAUAACAUACAGGAUUUUCAUAAUUGGAGUCUUCUGCAUACAGAAUAUCAAGAUAUUGAUAGGCUAUGUAUUUUAAAAAGUAUAAAAAGCCUUUCCACUGUGAUCUUUCAAUUAACGUGCUUAACAUUGUUUAUUUUGUAUAUUUCAAAAUCUUUCCAUUUUUUUUUUACAUUUAACUUACACAUUUCUCCAUAGUUCUUUUGUUUUUUUUUAUCCAAGAACAUUAACCCAAUCUUAGAAAUCAAAAUGUAAACAAAGAGCAGUUUGCAGUGACUUACUUAAGCAGGGAAAUCCCCUAUCGGUCUGGGCUAAUCCUAUUAAUGUUAGCAUCAAGAUGCAUUGAAAUAAAUAUCCUUAAACUUCAAUUAAAUUUAUGUUUUAGUUUUUUUUUAUUUAAAUUAAUUUUUUUUUUCAUUUAAAACAUUUGUUUACAUCUAUUUAUAUUACAUUUUUACUAUUCCUUUAUUCUAGACAAUCUUUAUCUUGAACAGACAGAAGUCAGAGGGUUUAUAAAUAGACUUCAGGAACACUGCCUUCUAAGUAUGGAUCUAUAGGUCUAUCAUUAGAAUUACUCUUGAGUAAAUUUUUAUUGUGUGGAGGGAAGUAUAAGGCGUAGAAAAAAAUGAAAAAAUUAUCCUUUUUUUUUAACGAAGCUUAUAUCCAGUCUGUCUGUAUGGUAAAAAGUUUGAACAUGUUUUUUUCUCCCAUUUCCUAUUCUCUGAUAAGUUCAAACUUUGCACAAUUAUUCAUUGAACCUGACAAGACAUGAAUCAAUUAAGAAUAAUUAAACAAUUAGCUAAUUAAUUGUUGGUGAUUAUUUUGUUUGAUUUCAAAAUAAGGGGAAUAAAUGUUACUUAAUGAGAGAUAUGUAUAUAUAUAUAUAUAUGUAUAUAUAUUUAGUCCUCUUAUUACAUGAUACGUUUUUUUCCUACCACUUCCCAUUCUCUGAUUAAGUUGAAAUUUAGCAUAAUUAUUCAUGGUCGAAAAGCUUACACAAAUCAAUCAAAAAAUGUAGUACUAAUUAAUUAAUUUUGUUCUAUAUAACUAAAUGAGAGAUAAACCCUGUGAUUUUCCGAUAAAUGUCAGUAAUUAGCAAUUAUUUCACCUUAGAUAAGCUUUGGUUUUUCUAUUGUUUGUUUAAAUCAUUCAUUCAUUAGUUAUAAAGAGCAAAAAGUCAUUAGAUUAUUAAAGGAGGAAUUUUCUUUAAAAAAAAAACUUUUUUUGUUACAUGUUUAUCUGCUUUCAUAUUUAGUAUUUACUUUGUGAUAUACUUAUUGAUAGAGCUCCAAAUCCAUUACUUUGAUUCAGCUCUUGCUUUAUUAUUAUUUCCUUUUGUACACGUUUCUUUAGCUAUAAGAGAUGCUAAUAAGGGAGGCAGUUUGGUGUAUUGGUCAAUAAGGUAUCUAAUAAUGUAAGUGCACUCUAUAGCACUUCAGAUUUAAAUUUCUCAGUUCUGUCAUUUUAUUUAGUUGACAACAUUGAUCUUUCAAUAUGGCGCCUUUCACAUUCUUUAUUUUGUCUUUUUCUUUUUUUUCCUUUUCUAUUUCAAUUUUUUACAUUUAUUCAGGUUCUUUUAUAUCAAAUAAAUUUCUCCAUUUAUAUAUAUGCCUUUUUCUUGUUUUUUUUUUCUUUUCAUGUAUUUAAUUUCUAAAAGAACAUAACAUAACAUGAUCUUAAAAAUAAAAAAAAAAAGUAAGCAAAGAGUAGAUUACUUAAACUAGCUUUGUAGCAAAAAGUUGUUGUUUUUUUUACAACAAUGCCAACUUUCAAUAUACCAUAGCGUCCUUGACAUCGUUUGUCUGUUAUUUCAAAAUCUCACACAGAAUUCCUCGUCUCAGUUCCAGUAUAACACCACCAAAUUUAUCCAUAUUCUUACAUUUUUUUUAUUGCUUCAAAAGAUUGUUCAAAUCAAAAGCAAAGCUGUGAAAAAUUUGAAAAAAACACUUAUGUACAUAGUAAGCUAUGAAUUCCUACAACCUUUAAAAAUGAUAUGAAUGGUAUAAUUUAUUUACGGCAAAUUAUGUUUUUAUAUCACUGUUUUCCAUUCCACUAUAUUAUCAGAUUUAUUAAAAUUAUGGCCAUCAUUUUUGUCUUUUUUAUCAUCCUAUUUUGACAUGAGGAAAGUUAAUGACACAGAUAAGGAUACAUAAGGAAUAUUUUACAAAGAAAAUUUCAGCUCUCCCAAAAAAGGAUAUCUUUUUAAAGACCUUUUUAAAAUAUUGUUUUUACAUUUUUAUUUUAUCUCUUUAUUUUCAUUAUUGUCUGUAAUGCUUCGUAUAACAAAAAAAAUUAAAUUCAUUCUUUAGUCUUUUA